UUGAAGGUGCAUUACUUCGAAGCCCAACGAGUGUUUCCGUUCGAAAUAUCGAUUUUCUGAGUUCGGUUUUCGUUUGAUCUUCUGGAAAUGUGGAUAAGAUGAGGGAGUAUCUCUUAGAGAGAUAGAAAUCGCUAGGUGAAAGUUUAACGCAGAAAAGAAAUCGUUCUUUUGGUGAUUCUGUGACUGUUUCACGCAAGAUUGAGAGUUACUGUUUGUCUAACGCGUUCAGUUGAGUAUUCUGAAUAUUUACGUUGUCAUUAUGAACGAAGAAAAGAAAAAGAACACUGUAUCAGCUGUCUUAUCCUGAGAGAUUUAUCUUUCCUUCGAAAAUAAAAAAAUAAAUAUAGAUAAACCGAAAAUGUGCUGAAAAUCGAGAAUAAUCUUCAAGAAACAUAAUUGAUUCAGUUCCCACGUUUUUGCCACGAUAAAGUGUUUCAAAUAUCCGUCGAUUGAAGAUUUCCAAAACUUGCAGAAGUACUUGAAAAAACGCAUGGAAGAAUUUCUCCAACGAAUGGCAGAAUAAAAGGGAAGGAGGAAAGAAAACGAAAAAAAAAAAAAAAAACGAAAAAAAAAAAUAUACACACGUUUCCCAUCUCUUCGCCAAACUUCUGCCUAAGAGGAUACGGACUUAGUUUUUUUUCUUUCUCUCUCUCUUCCCCCCCCCCCCCAACCCCUCCAUCCCCGCCCCGGGAAACAUACGACGAAAGUGUAAACAAAAAUCCUAGCACGAAAAGUGUUUAAAAAAAAGGGAAAAAAAAUCGAUGCUGUAGCCAAAAAGAAGAAGAAGAAAAAAGUGAGAAGGAGAACAUUCAGAGGAGAAAACUAUGUGAUGUGUAGUCAAGUGAUUCUGCUCUCCCUGAUGACGCUGGGCGCCGCUGCAGGAUACAUCGUGUUUUGCAACUUCACCCUUGCUGCUGAACUGAAGCAACUGCGCAAUGAGUCGCUUAUCUGCAAGACACACACAGAGGAGUCUAUCAAGACGUGCCAAGAGGAAUACAAGCUGGCGGAGAUCCUUAUUCGCGACUUAACAGAAACGAUCGAUAAGAUGCGUAACGAGGGCCGGACACUGCAGAGAGAACUCGCUAGCUUGAGGGCGGAGAGACAGAUGGGAGAACAGCUGGCGGCGACUGUGGUGGAACUCACUAUCCAGGAGAACGCACUCGAGCAGGAGUUAGUCAGCAUGAAGGACAAAAUCCAAGACACGCUGAGUCGAGUCAUGCCCCUCAAGGAAGCCAACGAAAACCUUCGCCAAACCAUCGUCGAGACAGUCAUUAUCUAAGGAGGUCGUGGAGGGAGGAGGUCGUUAUUUGAGAAAGUUGAGGAGAGAGAGAGAGAGAGAGAGAGAGAGAGAGAGAGAGAGAGAGAGAGAGAGAGAGAGAGAGAGAGAGAGAGAGAGAGAGAGAGAGAGAAAGAGAGAGAGAGAGAGGAAGAGAGA